AUGCAGGUUGUUCUACCUUCAUGGUCUACAUCGUCCUCUGCACGAUCUGGACUGAAGAUGAUGAGGGACCGAGGAGACCAAGAGGACAGAGGAGAGUCUCCUCCUUCCAGCGGUGUCUCUGUGAAGAGUGACUGGUCUAAAGGUUACCCUCUAAACUUCAGUAGUGGACCAGGACCAGGACCCUUAGAUCCACAAAGAAGAAAGAGACCAGUUUCAGUGGAGGAACAGCUGACCAGCUGUGCUCUGUGUCAGGAAAUCCUGAGAGAUCCAGUUACUACCAGCUGUGGACACUGGUUCUGCAGACAGUGUAUCAGCUCAUACUGGGACCAGUCUGCUUUAUCAGGAGAGUCCUCCUGUCCCCAGUGUGGAAAAAGAGCACAACUGCAGAUAUCCAGUCAGUCCAGAAGUGUAACAGCAGAUAGAGGUCUACAGGAGGUUCUAGAUGAACACAGGAUCAGUCUGAGGGAGAGAUGUGAACAUGUGACUGAAGGAAGUGAUGAAGCAGGAAGUAGAACCCUCCUGAACAGGAUCUACACUGAGCUCUACAUCACAGAGGGACAGAGUGAAGAGGUGAGACAGCUUGAGAUGGCUUCUAAGAUGGAGAGCCUCCAUGAGACUCCAAUCAAGUGUCAGGGCAUCUUUAAAGCCUUACCUGGCCAACAGAAAGCCAUCAGAGUGGUUCUGACCAACGGUGUGGCUGGUGUUGGAAAAACCUUCUCUGUGCAGAAGUUCACUCUGGACUGGGCAGAGGGCUCAGAAAACCAAGACGUCAGUCUGCUGGUUCUGCUUUCAUUCAGGGAGCUGAACUUGAUCAGAGAUGAGCGCUACAGUCUUCUGGAGCUGCUCCGUGUUUUCCAUCCAACAUUCCAGAAGGUCAGAGCGGAGACGCUGGCUGUCUGUAAACUUUUGUUCAUCUUUGACGGCCUGGAUGAAAGCAGACUGUCGUUAGAUUUCAGCAUCAGGGAGGCUGUGUCUGAUGUGUCAGAGAAGUCCUCGUUAAACGUGCUGCUGACAAACCUCAUCAAGGGGAAUCUGCUUCCCUCAGCUCUCAUCUGGAUAACGUCUCGACCUGCAGCAGCCAAUCAGAUCCCUGCUUCAUGUGUGGACAGGGUAACAGAGGUCCGAGGCUUCACUGACGCCCAGAAGGAGGAGUACUUCAGGAGAAGGUUCAGUGAUGAAGAUGUGUCCAGCAGAAUCAUCUCCCACAUCAAGACAUCCAGGAGCCUCCACAUCAUGUGUCUGAUCCCAGUCUUCUGCUGGAUCACUGCUACAGUUCUGGAGCACAUGAUGAGCACGAAGCAGAGAGGAGAGCUGCCCAAGACCCUGACUGACAUGUACUCACACUUCCUGUUGGUUCAGACCAAGAGGAAGAAGAGCAAGUACAAUGAGGGACCUCAGAUGAGUCCUGAGGAACUCACCAGAUCUGACAGGGAAUUUCUUCUGAAGCUGGGGAGGCUGGCGUUUGAACAUCUGGAGAACGGAAACAUCAUGUUCUACCAAGAAGACCUGGAGCGCUGUGGUCUGGAUGUCACAGAGGCCUCGGUUUACUCAGGAGUUUGUACUGAGAUCUUUAAGAGAGAGAGUGUGAUUUUCCAGAAAACAGUCUACUGCUUUGUUCAUCUGAGCGUUCAGGAGUUUCUGGCUGCAGUCCACAUGUACCACCGUUUCACCGACAGGAACACAGAUGUCAUUGAGGCGUUCCUACAAGAGGACAACAACAGAGACUCAUACAGAAAAUACUCUCUAAGAAAAAGAAAGUCUUCUCAAACUCCACCCCUGGAUGUCUUCCUGAAGCGUACCAUGGAGAAAUCCCUGAGAAGUCCAAAUGGACACCUGGACCUGUUUGUUUGCUUCCUUCACAGCCUUUCUCUGGAGACCAACCAGACACUCUUUGGAGAUCUGCUGGGUCAGACAGACAACCGUCCAGAAAUGAUCCAGAGUGCCAUCAAGAACCUGAAGGAGAUGAACAGUGAAGGUAUCUCUCCUGACAGAAGCAUCAACAUCUUCCACUGUCUGAUGGAGAUGAACGACCUCUCAGUACAUCAGGACAUCCAAGACUUCCUGAAGUCAAGGAGCAGAUCAAGAGAGGAACUCUCUGAGAUCCAGUGCUCUGCUCUGGCCUACAUGCUGCAGAUGUCAGAGGAGGUUCUGGAUGAGUUAGAUCUGAACAAGUACAACACAUCAGCCCAGGGACGACGGAGACUGAUUCCAGCUGUAAUGAACUGCAGGAAGGCUGGGCUUGAAUACAGUGGACUAUCAGAGGCUCACUGUGAAGUUGUGGCCUCAGCUUUAAAGUCCAACCCCUCACAUCUGAGAGAGGUGGACCUGAGUAGAAACGGCGUGCGGGAUUCAGGAGCGGAGCUUCUUUCUGCUGGACUGAAGAGUCCAAACUGUCGACUGGAGACUCUGGGGUUGUCAGAGUGUGGUCUGUCAGAGAUCAGCUGUUCUUCUCUGGCCUCAGCUUUAAAGUGCAACCCCUCACAUCUGAGAAAGCUGUACCUGAGUAAGAACAACCUGCAGGAUUCAGGAGUGGAGCUUCUUUCUGCUGGACUGAAGAGUCCAAACUGUCGACUGGAGACUCUGGAGUUGGUUUACUGUGGUUUGUCAGAGAUCAGUUGUUUUUCUCUGGCAUCAGCUUUAAAUUUCAACCCCUCACAUCUGAGAGAGCUGGUCCUGAGUUACAACAACCUGCAGGAUUUAGAUGUGACGCCGCUGUCUGAUCUUCAGAAUGAUCCAGACUACAGACUGGAGACUCUGAGACCGUCAUACCUCCCACGGGAGUUCGCAUCUGUAAUUCUGAUCUGUGUUUACAUUCCACCUGAGGCUAACGCUAACACCACCAUUGCCAAGUUAGCCAACUACAUCUCCUCAGCGGAAAAUUCACACCCGGACACAGCAAUCAUCGUCCUUGGGGACUUCAACUGGACCAACAUGUCAUCUGAGCUCCCUGGCUACCAUCAGCAGGUGACUUCCACGCUGUCACCGAUGUAG